UUGAUUACACUGCAACCAAGUUUACAUAAAAAACGUAUAAUAAUAAUCGAAAAUUCAAAUCGCAUGUAAGCUCAUAGUAAUUUAUUCAUGCACAUAGGUUUUCAUGUCAUUCCCACCUCGAAGCAAAACAAACAGUAUACCAUAUACCAUAUCAUACACCGCCUCGCCUUACAAUUAGUCAUAAAAUUAUUGGUAAUACAAUUAUUGAGGUUACUGGGUUUUCUCGGUGCUAUUUUUAUCGAACGAACGGCUCGCACGAUAUCUUGCGAUUUUCUAGCGACGAUUCGUAGAAAGGAGAAAUGCCCGAUGUCGAUGGAAAACCGACGAAAUCGCUCAACAAACGAAGAUGCGGAUGCAGCGUGUGUUGUUUUCCUUCCUACAAUUUGAUGGAAGAAGAAGACGAAGUCUCGGUGGAACACGAAAACAGGAUUAGUAAGAAAACCCAAAAAUCCAGAAGUAUGUUGGAAGAAGGCGUAGACGUUUUAGAUUUUUUUGUUGUUGAACAGGCCGCUUGUCCUCACUACGUCGACGAUCUGCCCGAUCCGCUCGAACCCGGCACGCUCAUCAAAAUCAAAGGACUGGUCUUGCCCAUUUGCUCAAGAUUCGCGAUUAAUUUAACAUGUAGCAGAGAUCCAGGCAGUGACAUAGCAUUGCACGUAAAUCCUAGAAUAUCGCAAAGGUACGUCGUGCGGAAUUCGCGCGUGAGGCACCUGUGGGGCCAGGAGGAGGUGACGACGAUCUCGAAUUUCGAGCUCAACAGGAACGAAAAGUUCCAAAUCGACAUCGUGGUGGCCGAAAACGAGUAUUUUAUAUCUAUCAACGGUAAGCACGUGUGCGCCUUCGUCCAUCGGAUUCCUCUGACCGCCGUCAAGACGUUGCUCAUCGAAGGACCAGUCGAAAUUCACAACGUGGAAUACGGAAAGACUGAAUCCUAUCCCGUUAUCGAUGAAGACAAAACUGUCCUGCAACUUCCCCCCGGAGAUGUGCAGGAAAUUUGCACUAACGGGCAACUCCGCUUGCCAUUAACGCUAUCGCUACCUCAGGGAUUCAAGCAGGGCUGGCAGUUGGAAAUAGACGGGAGAGUGAAAAUUUUACCGGUGAAUUUCUUUAUUAAUUUACAAGAUGGAUCUCAAUUGUGGCCGCAUCCCAACAUUCACCUGCACCUCAAUCCGCGAUUCGGUUAUGCGAAUACCAAGCACAUGUUCGUUCGAAACGCCUGGAUGGAUGGACAAUGGGGCAACGAGGAGUGCACCGAAGUGUUCCCGUUCGAGCCGGCGGCCCAUUUCAAAAUGGCCAUUCGGAGGAGCGACGAUCGCUUCGGCAUUUGGGUGAACGGGCGUUUGUCGGGCGAAUUCAAAUUUAGGGGGGACGCCGAUCGCAUUAAUACGCUCUACAUGCAGGGAGACGUCACGUUAAACAGGGUGUGCAUGAAGCAUUGCGCCGACGAUAAGUACUUGCAGGAGUGCGGGCGGUAAUUUAGGAGAAACGGUGGAUUUUUGGCUUUUGUUGAUGUCGAGCUUUUGAUAAAAGCUUUUGAUAACGACUGAUGUGUAUAUGUAUUGUUUACUUACAAUUAGGUAAAGUUAUUAUAGUGUUUGUUAUAAUAGUGUCUUCCUCUGCUUCCAUUAACUUAUCUACCAAAGAAUUGAGCCUGUUAAAGCAUUUAUAAUUUGUCAUAUUAAACUAUUAAAAUGCUUAAGAUCGAUAAAUAUUUUUGUUCUGCUAAAGCUUUUAAAAUGUUUGUAACAAAUUUCUUAAGAGAACUGAUUCAAAUAAACUAUCUACGAAUUUUUUAUCCUAAUUAUCUUCAAAAAUCCUUCAUAAAAAAUAACAGGGUAUUAUAAAUAAACACUCGCAUAUCCCCUUUACGCGCUCUUUUCUUAUGCGACGAUAUGUACAGUACAAA